AAAACGCCUUCUUUAAAUUGCUCUUCUCAGCAAGUCGUUGACUGGUCCCGGCGGCUUUGCUGUAUUUUCACAAACAACACUUGUGUGAACGUUCCAAGAGUCAAAGACGACGAAAUGGACGAAUAUCAUAACGAGGGCUCAUUCAACACCGAAGAAGCCGAUAGCAUUGUUAAGGAGUGUAUUGAGAACGUAGUGGGCGGCGAUGACUACAACCAGAAUCUGGUGAACAAAUGGACCUCCGCCAUAGUGGAGCGCUGCCUCACACAACUGGUCAAACUGGGCAAACAGUAUAAGUUCAUUGUUACGUGCGCCCUGAUGCAGAAAACUGGCGCUGGGCUCCACACGGCAAAUUCCUGCUACUGGGACACGGCUAUGGACGUUAGUUCCACAGUGCGGUGGGAAAGCCGCACCAUGUACUGCGUGGUCAGCGUCUUUGCUGUUGCCGUCGCGUAGAACGCAAGAGUGCAGCAUGUUUCUGGAAACGAGAAGAGGAUCUCCCAAGUGCCAUUUCCAUACAGAGGCUGUGAACGCACAGUACGGGUAUAAUUUUCAGGACUGUACUGUACGUAUUG